AUGGCUAUGGAAUUGAUGGGAGCUGAUAAGGGCAAAAGAGAGAAGAAAACUUGGCCCCCGCCGACAAAGACAACGCAGUCUCCGGCCUCGACCGUCACGGCUACCUUUUGGCAAGAAGAUCACAAAGUCUCUAUCCCCUACCUCCACAGCGUCAUCUACCAGGAUCUCGGCCUCCAAUGGGCCCAGACCAGGCUGGACUCGGAUGACAUCCCGGCUUUCCUUGAGCUUAUCAAGGACCCUCAGUUUUAUGGCGCCUCCGUGACCAUGCCCAACAAGGUCGCCAUCAUCCCCCACCUGGACGAGCUGACCCCCGAGUGCCGCGACGUCGGCGCCUGCAACACCAUUUUCCUACGCACCGCGCCCGACGGCCGGCGCCUCUUCUGCGGCGCCAACACCGACACCGUCGGCAUCCGCGAGUCCUUUUUCCGCAACGUCGACAAGUCCCUCUUCGCCGGCCGUCCCGCCAUGGUCAUCGGCGGCGGCGGCGCCGCCCGCAGCGCUAUCUACGCCCUGCGCACGUGGAUGGACGUCGGCGACAUCUACAUCGUCAACCGCGACCGCGCCGAGGUCGACGCCGUGUUUGCCGAGUGCGAGGCCAAGGGCUACGGCGCGGGGCUCGUGCGCCUCGAGACCAUCGAGGAGGCGCGCGCCGCCGAGGCCCCCGGCGCCAUCGUCGCGUGCGUGCCUGAUUUCCCGCCCAAGACGGAGGCGGAGCUGCGCACGCGCGCUGUGAUUGAGACGAUUCUCGGCAAGGAGAGGAAGGGUGCCAUGCUGGAGAUGUGCUAUAACCCUUCGCCUUUUACUGCGCUUGGGGGAUUGCUGAGGAGCAGGGCUGGAAGGUCAUCUUGGGCACCGAGGCGAUGGUGUGGCAGGGUCUUGAGCAGGACCGUUACUGGACCGGCAGGGACAUUAGUGAGCUGCCUGUUGCCAAGGUGCAGCGCGCCAUUGGCGACGUGGUGA